UUUUCGAUGAACGAAUCGGUCCAAGCAACCGGUUCUUCUUAAUCGUUGUUUUGAUUUCUGGUCGAGGGGUCCAUUAUUCGGGGUUGAUAAAUAUACAGCUAUGGAGUCUUUCGAAGUGAGGAAAAGGGCUUUGUUCGAAUGCCUUACUGAGGCGGAGAAGUGUUUGCAAGGAACGAAUUUGGACCAGACCAAGCAAGACGCCAAUGACGUUGGUAUCGACGAGCCUGACAGUAGGGCGUGCAGAAAAAUUUCAAAACUUCGAGGAAAGGAGAGCAUUUUCGCAAAACCAGAUCGACCAAUAACCAAGUGUUUAAAGCCCCGACAGCAGCCGGACUUUCAGAGAAAUCCGCACAAAUGGACAAGGUACUCCUUAGCAGAUGCCGACAUUUCAGACAGGACCAACAGCGCAGCUGCUUUUGCCUUUCUAAGAGAAAUAGAAACCUUGAAAAAUGCAAAAAAUGACCCAGAAACAUCCAACGAAGGUGACAAAAUUGUAUUUAACAAAACUGUUCGAUCGCGCUUGGCUGCUGAAGCAACAGAUCCGAAUUCAGACGCGGAGAAACCUGAAAUGAAAGGGUCGAAGGUGGUCAUGCCAGAGUAUGUAGUCGGUCAGAAGCCGUCUAGGCCGAAGAAAUGCAGAAGUAGCACUGACGACAGGGAGAAAUCACAAGCUGUGAAACUUGACCACCUUUUCGAUGAAUAAUUUAUUAUCCUUUCGGUUUAGUGUAAGGCGUAGUUAUAAAGUUCUUAAAAUAAGCAGAUGGGAAGGUCGGUUUCCCGCCAAGAAGCAGUGCUCUUAUUUCCUGCCGGAUCAGGCAAAGGGUGCUGAUGGCGCGGGUAAUUUGUUGCCUUAUCUUCUAAAAGGAGCAGGAACUGAUUUCACACGGCCGGGAUGGAAGUCGUCUACGAGACAAACAGGGCGCUUUGUCGGUUCCUGGGCAUCAAAAAGUAAAAGGAAAUAAUUAGUUGCGAAGAUUUACAAUGGAGCAAAUGUAAAUGCUGCUGUAACUCAAUGUGGGUGCCACUGGAAUGGUCUGAUAAACUCAUAAAUUAACAUGAACUCCCUCGUCGUCAUAAAUUCUAAGUAUACCUGGAUUUUUUGAUUAGAACGAAGCAAAGUAUUGCAUUUUACAAAAAGAUUGGCGAAAACCAUAAUUUGAAUAACCUCUCUCUAAUAAAGAAAAUGAUGUAAAA